CAUACAUGAACACGCGUCACAAUAUGACUGGAGAAGGGUUCCACACCUUAUGCUAUAAAACGCCCCACACCCCUCCUCCUUCCUUCGCAGUUCAAUUCCAAUAUAUUCCAUUCUCUCUCUGUAUUUCCCUACCUCUCCCUUCAAGAUGCAGAUCUUCGUCAAGACCCUCACCGGUAAGACCAUCACCCUUGAGGUGGAAAGCUCUGACACCAUCGACAACGUCAAGGCCAAGAUCCAGGACAAGGAAGGAAUCCCCCCGGACCAGCAACGUCUCAUUUUCGCCGGAAAGCAACUUGAGGACGGCCGUACCCUUGCUGACUACAACAUUCAGAAGGAGAGUACUCUUCACCUCGUCCUCCGUCUCCGUGGUGGCAUGCAGAUCUUCGUUAAGACACUCACCGGCAAGACCAUAACCCUAGAGGUUGAAAGCUCCGACACCAUCGAUAACGUCAAGGCCAAGAUCCAGGACAAGGAGGGUAUCCCCCCGGACCAGCAACGUCUCAUCUUCGCCGGAAAGCAGCUCGAGGACGGCCGCACCCUCGCCGACUACAACAUCCAGAAGGAAUCAACCCUUCACCUCGUCCUCCGUCUCCGUGGUGGCAUGCAGAUCUUCGUUAAGACCCUCACCGGCAAGACUAUUACCCUAGAAGUCGAAAGCUCCGACACCAUCGACAACGUCAAGGCUAAGAUUCAGGACAAGGAGGGAAUCCCCCCAGACCAGCAGAGGCUGAUCUUCGCCGGGAAGCAGCUCGAGGACGGACGCACCCUUGCUGACUACAACAUCCAGAAGGAGUCAACUCUCCACUUGGUGUUGCGUCUUCGUGGUGGUAUGCAGAUUUUCGUGAAGACUCUUACGGGUAAGACUAUUACCCUCGAGGUGGAGAGCUCUGACACCAUUGACAAUGUGAAGGCCAAGAUUCAGGACAAGGAAGGCAUCCCACCGGACCAGCAGAGGCUGAUUUUUGCUGGCAAGCAGCUCGAGGAUGGAAGGACCCUCGCUGACUACAACAUCCAGAAGGAAUCAACCCUUCACCUUGUCCUCCGUCUCCGUGGGGGGUUUUAAGCUCGUUGUGUAAUGUUGGAUGUGUUCCCAAAACAUUUGAAGAACUUUGAUGUUUAAUGGGUCUGUAAUAAUGUCCCUUGAAAAUAAGUUCGGUUUGUGUUGAACUCUAUUGUGUCCCAUUAAUAAUAGUACUCUAAUAUCCCACCUACGUUUGUUAUGAAUGUGUGAAAUAUGAAAUGAUUAAUUGUCAUAUCGUGUUGUUUUAA